AUGAGUGGACUUUCCAGCAGAGUCAUGAACAUGAAGUUCAUGCAGAAGGAUGGUUCCGAGAAAACUGAAGAAGUUACCAAGAAGGUUAUAGAUUCUUCAGAAUGGAAAUUACCAAAUGCUACUGCGAUCAUUUCGCGGGCUAAAGUUGGCAAUACAAUUGAAACUGUAGGAUAUUCUAGUAUAAACUCGUUUGCAAGCGACUCAGUGCCGACGAGGAGAACCUGGGGUGCUCCAGCUAAGGAAGAAGUGGUCGAAGAGGCUGCCGGGUUGGAUGUCCUGAAGCUUAAGGAUGCGGUAGACAAGAAAUCGAAACGUAAGAAUUCAUCUGACAGACCUGAAAAGGUGGAAAAAUCUAAAGAUUUCUUGAGAAACCUUUGGGAUAGGAAACUGAGCAUAGAUGAAUCGAAGGAAGAAUCAGAAAACAUUCCUUCUGAAAAGAAGAGAAGUGGGGACUACAUACCCAACAUCAAGAACAAGCAAAAACGUUUGCAGAAAUAG